CUACUGCAAAAUAACUUGUUCUCGCUGCAUCGCAAGACCAACAUAGAUUAUUCAGAUCAAUGCAAAACAGCUUCAGUGUUUGCAGCAUGUCAUCAACAUCCAAACUGCUAUCCAAGCAAUCCCUCGCUACUUUAAAUUUCAAGGUAUAAUGAUAAACAUGUGCUAGUAAAAAGAACUUAAGAAAGUAAGAAGUAGACUAAUGAAUUAGAGGAGAGAAACUCCUGUCAUUCUACGACAUGACCAGCUUACAUGUACAGCAGGGCUCUCAAACUCAAUUCAGGAGCUGACGGUCCUGGGAAAUGUUUUUUUUCUUUUUUUUAAAAACUUUUUCGGGGACGGGUGCACCCCUCCACUCUCAUAAUGGUAAUGGUGGGGGAAACACUGUCUCGCGAUGGUUUAGGACAGUAGGACUAUGAUCCUUUCUGAUCUUCUACUUCAGGUUGGUUGAGGUUGGCAGCUUUGGAGAAGCUACCUACUCUAGAUUUUGAGAAUGAACCAAACUGAAAAAUCCAGCACAAAGUUUUAUUAAUUUUUUAUUUAUUUAAUUUAUUACAAUUGCGCAACCGCUGCCAAAUUGUCAUUAAUUUUUUGUCAGUAUUUUGAUAUUUUGUUUGCCGAUUAGAUGUUUAGAUGAAUUUAAACACAUGGGGGGGAAAAACAUUUCCUUAACGCAUCAUCUCGUAUAGUAAAAAGUACAAAUAUAACAUUCAAUUAAAAUACUGCACAAAGAGUAAAAUACCUACAUUCAAAAUACAGGAAUAUCUUCACCAUAUUCUUUCUUUCCUUUUCUUCUUUCGGGGGCGCAUGGAGUAGAGGGGUGCACAGGGAACGAUGCCCGGCUGCUCCACGUCCCGUGUCGAAGUGUCCAAGACCCCUGACCCCUAAUUGCUCCCUGGGUGCCUUUACGUGGGAUGGGUUCAAUGCAGAGAAUAAUUUCUCCACAGGGAUCAAUAAAGGCUACUUUCUUUUAUUUCAUAUUGAGUAUUGAUUAAGGAAAAUAAGUACCUAUUCUCUCAAAAACAAAAGGUGGCAUUUUUGUUUUUUACAGCACGCUAAUCAGUCAAGCAACACAUCAUAACCUACAUGCAAAGAUAAAUGUGAGAAUCAGCCCAGUGAAUUGUUUGUCUUUGUGUGGAAAUGAUGAAGUUAAAGCAAUCACAUGCAGUGGGAAAAGUCUGACACCAGUAUUUUUUGAUUAGCAUGUCUGCUAAAGAACUAAGCUAGUUGGGUAAUUAAUGAGAUCAUGCUUCCAAGACGACAGGAGACCCCUCACUGUUGACUGUGCGGCCUUUAUGAACUGUCGGUAAUAUUAGAAAUAAGUACAUGUGCAUGUCGGCAUUAUGAAUAUGACUGGGGUUGUGACGAUUAGAUAGACCUCAUGUGAACAACUAAAAGGGUUGUGCGCUUAAAAUAUUCGCUAAAAUAAUUUUAUGCGCUUUGUUUCUCCUUCCUGCUAAUUCCCAAAUUGAAAAGCACAGACAUCAAACAUAAUUAUUAAGUAUUCUUGCUUUGAUAUACCAACACAAGUUGUUAAUUGUCGCAUAUAUUAACAAUGCAUACAUUUACUUUAAUAAUACCCGCAACUUUGUAUGUAGUGUUGCGGUAUUUCCCAUUUUCUCCGGGAGCGCCUGAAGGCAGCACGUAAGCCAAUGGGUGGAUUCACUCAGUCAACGCGAGCUGACUGAGCGCCGCUCGUUGCGUCCACAUCUCAAAUUGUUCUCAACUUCCUCACUCUUCGUGUUCGCCCUUUUCAGCGCAGGUGUCCGCGCUAUUUCGUUCAGGUUUACGGUUCAAAAGAAAAGGAAAAAUAGGCAACGUAGUUGUACUUUGGACCUAGUUUAAAAAGCCGCGUAAAAACACCCACAGCGAUUCCAUAUGGAGCAAAGUGUCUAAGAAGCACGGGAAGCUGAUCACCUUCUUGCGCACCUUCAUGAAGUCCCGGCCCACCAAGCAGAAGCUGAAGCAGAGAGGCAUCCUCCGGGAGAGGGUGUUCGGCUGCGACCUGGGAGAGCACCUCCUCAACUCGGGACAUGAUGUGCCCCAGGUCCUCAAGAGCUGCACCGAGUUCAUCGAGAAGCAUGGCGUGGUGGACGGCAUGUACCGCCUCUCUGGGAUCGCCUCAAACAUCCAGAAGUUGCGGCACGAGUUUGACUCUGAGCAGAUCCCCGACCUGACCAAAGAUGUUUACAUCCAGGACAUCCACUGUGUGGGCUCGCUGUGCAAGCUCUACUUCAGAGAGCUGCCCAACCCCCUGCUCACCUACCAGCUCUACGAGAAGUUCUCCGAUGCCGUAUCAGCAGCAACGGACGAAGAGCGACUCAUCAAAAUCCAUGAUGUCAUCCAGCAGCUUCCUCCACCGCAUUACAGGACCCUGGAGUUCCUCAUGAGACACCUCUCCCAACUGGCAGCGUUCAGCUACAUCACCAAUAUGCACAGCAAGAACUUGGCCAUCGUCUGGGCGCCCAACCUGCUUAGGUCCAAGCAGAUAGAGUCCGCCUGCUUCAGUGGCACAGCGGCCUUCAUGGAAGUCCGAAUCCAGUCGGUGGUGGUGGAGUUCAUCCUGAACCACGUGGAUGUUCUCUUCAGCACCAAACUCAGUUCACUGAUACGGGAGGGAGCAGGUCACAACUCCUUGUCGCGGCCCAAAUCCCUGCUGGUUUCGUCACCUUCUACUAAACUGCUGAGUCUGGAGGAAGCCCAGGCCAGGACCCAGGCUCAGAUCAACUCUCCAGUCACUGAAGACAGCAAGUACAUCGAGGUGGGCGAAGGUCCAGCUGCCCUGCAGGGAAAGUUCCACACUGUCAUCGAGUUUCCCACCGAGAGGAAGAGACCUCCUAUUAAAUCCAAGAAGUCUCCAGUGGGUAGUUGGCGUUCUUUCUUCAACCUUGGCAAGUCUUCUUCCAUGUCAAAGCGCAAGCUGCACCGCAACCCUAGUGAGCCCAAUGAACUAAAGGCCAUGGCUAUUGCUGGAGGCAGAGGAGACACAACCACAUUGAGGUCAGCCAAAAGUGAAGAGUCCCUGAGUUCCCUGCACAAUGUUGAAGGAGAGUCCAAGGUGUACCGGCCUCGGCGGCCGCGUUCCAGCAGCGACGCCCUGUCAGCCUCCUUCAACGGCGAGCUGCUGGACAGCCGGCAGCACUGCAACUCCUACGACAACCUGAACGCCACAGAGGACAGCGACGGAGACGACGGCCCCAUCUGUGUGCCCGCCCUCAUCUCACCCCCCCGCUCGGCGGGGGAAGACGUGGACCUUAGCCCGCCAGACAUCGGCAUGGCCUCCUUGGACUUUGACCCCAUGUCUUUCCAGUGCAGUCUACCCGACACCUCUUACGCCUUCCCGCUCGACGACUCACCCGCCGGGGCGGCGGGGCCCACGUUAAAGAGGAGUCCCGGCAGCGUCUGCGGCAAGACCAACGGCUCUGACCUCAUGGCUGCAAACUUCCUGGGCGGCUUGAUGUCCCCUUUGUCGCCUGCAGACUUCAGCCUGGCUGCUGGAGAGAAGGUGGCAAACAAGAAACUGACCGCUUCAUAUUCGUACACCGAUAAACCAACACAGGCUGUGUCGCCUAUUAAAUGUGGAAAGACCAGUAGCUUGACGCCGAUUGCCAGUUCAGAACUUUUCUCGACAGAAAUGGCGGACAAGACUUUGGCUGGACAGUUUGCCUCUUCACAGCCGUUAUCGCCUCCUUCGGCAGCCAAAGCCGAGCCAUCGUUAAGUGAAGCUUUCCAAAUGGAGCUGCACUCUAAGCUGGCAGCCUUUGACAGUGUGGACAGUCAAGAGCUGAUGGGAGGGGACGGCGUGAAGCAGGCGCCAGCUGUCAGCAGCCAAGAGCACCAAGGAGUCGUAGCUCCGGACUCUUCAAAGGACCUCAUCCCCUGUUCCCUCAGCGCCACGGCUCCCACCACUACCCCUCCCGCCCCUCCGUCUCCCCCCCCUCCUAAAAAUGCUGCCCGCAUGUUGGCCCUGGCCUUGGCCGAGUCCGCUCAGCAGGUCUCCAUUCAGUGUCAGUCGCGGUCCUCUGAGCCCUCCACGCCAGAGUCCCCUCUGCAGCCCCGGCAGGCUUCUGACUCCCAGGACUCGACACAUCCACCGUUCCCACACUUCUGGGCUUCUUCUGAGGAGGGAACGGGGAGAGGGAGUCCCCCGCCGCCAAACAGCAUGUCCCCGGCCGUCGCCACACCCUCAGCUCAUCCCUCCGCCUCCAGUCCUACAAUCCAUCAGCAGCCUCCGGAGGUGACCAGCACCAUUACCAAGCCAUCGGACAGCAGCAGGUUCUCCACCUCUCCACGCGGAACACAGCCAGGAAUAGACUCCUCCCCACCAGACACUCCUUUUUACAAGUGUGCCCCACUCCCCAGUCCCACCAGCCGGACUUCUCCAAUCAGGAAAAGUCCAGAGAGGCAGCAGCCUGUUGCUAAUCCGGUCCCAGUCCGAACCAGCUCAUCAAGAACCCCUCUCAGAGAGCCUGGUGUCUUUCCUAAACUACUACCUGAAGUCCCACUUGAGAACACUCUACCCCCCCAAGUCCUUCCGAAACCCUCGGAAGGGCCACCUCAGAAACCCAAGAGGCAUUCUGUCUCACUGGCCCAGCAUCAGUCGCAAACUCCUCAGCAGAGCCAUGCUUUAAUGCAUCCUCAUCUCCCACCGCAGCCUCCCACACAUUCCCAGACACCGGUCCAACCCCACCAGCCUCAGCUCCCCUCGAAGGCUAGUGCAAGAGUGGCCCCCACCUCCGCUGAGCCCGCUGAGAAGCCUUGGGAGGCCAUAAAGCCUGUACAGCCGUGUGCAGAGCCUGCAAAGCACCAAGAGGUUUACCCGAAACCUCCGGCCCCUCCCGUCCGCACCAUAGAGAGCAAACUGGCCACAGCGGCUCUGAGCCAGAGUGACGCCUCCUGCCACAUCUUGGGUGAAGGCCCUGUGCCCGGCCACCAGGAGAAUGCUUCGCCUCACCAUCCUCCUUCUCCUCGCAAAUCAUCCACGCACCAGCCGGCCUACCUGUACCACGCUAAAGGAGAGCCGGGCCUACUUGAGGCGUCUGCUGCUGCAUACUACCACCAGAGGCCUGUUACGCUGGGCCCCCAGUCUGUGCUACACCACUUCCGGCCCGACAGCGUGCCGCCACACCUGUCCUACGUGUCCAAAUCAGAGCCUCAGAUCCCUUACAGUGCCCGACUAGACAACCGAUACAGCACUUUAGGCCCUAGGUCCUAUCACCACUCCAUGAAGUCCAGAGGAAACCCCCGCAGUGUGUACGUGUCCCCGGGGCCGGGGCCUCAGGGUUACAGCCAUGACCGAAACCAAGGGUAUCCCACCAUCCGCAGAGUGCACUCACUCCACGUCCCCUCCACUAUCCGCUCAGUGCCCAUCCAAAGGACCGAAGUUCCUCCAGAUGAUGAAAUGUUCUUCUGCCAACGACCCGUGUACCAGUGCAAGGCCUACCAGCAGCCCCCUCAGCCCGCGCAGCAGUCCUCCCAAACCGACUACCACGUCACACAGCUGCAGCCUUACUUUGAGAAUGGACGGGUUCAGUAUCGCUACAGCCCGUACUCUGGCUCGAGCCCGCUGGAGGCGCCUUUCUACGACAUUGACCCUUACGCAACCAUCCGAGUCCGUCACUCCCACGGCAGCCGAGAGCCGGGAUUCGCUGCUGCUCGACCGGCUGGAAAGGCAACCGGGUACCACUACCUCGCACGCCAUGUUCUCCCGCCGGGUAAGGAGCAUAGCUUUGUGAGCAGGGACAUGCCCCCCGGUCACGGCACCAAGGAAGCCGCUGCUUACCUUGCUUGGGAUCCUCAGGAGUCAGAAAGGCUCCGCAUGCACUCCAUCCGCAGGGAGAGCAGGGCCAGGCAGAAGAUCAAAGGCCCCGUCCUUUCUCAGUACGACAACGUUGGCUUGUUCGCACCCUCCGAUAUAUCAUGCUAUGAAGCCCUGCACCUACGCAGUAAAUCUGACCCAGGCAAAGCUGUUCUGGUUGCAGCCGAGAGCAAAGACGGGCGCUACCUCCCUAGACACAUGGUGUCUGACCCCGACGUCCUGGUGUACAUGGACACCGACAAGCUCUCCCCGGGCGGGGCACUGGGCGACAAGUCAGACGGGUUUGCCAAGCAAAGUGCUUCUAAGAAGUGCCAAUCUUCUCACUCCCUUCCAGCUACUCUGAGCCACAGUCUGUCCCAUCAGCAGGAGAGCGGGGACGCCAGCCGCUCGCAACACUGGCAGCAGGAACAUUCCAGCAAGAGGAACUUCCAACCACGCUACGAAUGCCCCGAUUCUGACCACCACCAGACUAAAGUCAAAGCCCACGGCGGCUACCACAGCACGGACGAGCAGCCUUCGGCCCCCCGGGAGCAGCUCGACCGCUCCAAGCCGGAGCGCUCGCACAGCGUCCGGGAGCAGCAGCACUACAGCCAGGGCAACGCCGACCUGGACAGGGACUACUCGUAUCAGAAACACGGCCUUAAACCGGUGCCGUCACACUACGAUAACCUGGACGAUUACCACCCGGUACCUCAGCCUCCGGCCCCGGUUCAAAAACGCGUAGUAGCCGGAUCCUAUCCCGCGCCGGGGUUCACGGUGAGUCACGGUAACAGGGCGUACUCCACAGCACUGGGCCAGGGAGCCUUUAUCCAGACUGACCUGCUCAUGCAGAGGCCAGACACAGAGAUGCGCACAGAAUGAAGUAUUGAGGGGAGGCGGCGGCGGCAUGUGAACUUCUAUUUAGCCGCAUAGAAGAAAGACUAUUGAGCUACGGUUGCAGCCUCUGCAGGACAGUGGACUGUCGUAUCCCCUUAUUUUUGCUCCUUUUUUUUAAUGAAUUGUAAAGAAAAGACUUUUUACUGGAAUUCCUGAAUGUACACGAAUAUACUGUCCAACUGGUCAUAUUAUUAUGAUUGAUUGAGACAGUAGUCAUAAAUGUAUAUGCUAUGAAAGAAGUAUGGUACUUUUAACAGAUCGCAAAAAUGUAAAAUAUAUAUAUAUAUAAAUGAAUAGAAUCACUACUAAAAAAAAAAGGGAUUUAGUUGGGGGGUUUUAUUUAAAUUUGUAGGUGUGGCGUUGGGUAUGAGCAUCAACCAGGAUUACGGAUUGCAUUUUAGAAAUGCAUGCAGCCUAUUUUACAGAACCGUUCUGUCCAUGGCGUUCCUUCUGGAUGUUACAGCACAAGUUACGGAGGGGGACGCAUGUGGGUCCCUGCAGCCUCCCUCUGCUCACGUGUACACAGCGACCCAUGUCUCUCCAGGGUCCGGCUGGGUGGGAGCUUUUGAAUAAGAGCUACGAUGCGUUACUCUCGGUUAUUAGUGGUUUAUCAAUGUCUUGUUUUCUGUGUGAUUGUGCCAUUUUUAUGUAACUUUGCUAUAAACCGAUUUCAAUGACUCCAAAUGGAAUGUUUUGGUACUUCUACUGUUCUUCAUUCGAAGAGGGACCAAGCAACUCGGCGCAGUUGUUGCACAUAAGGGAUUAAAGAGGGGGAGAUGGACGAAUGCCUGUUGUAACUUUCUAAAUGUGUUCUACAUAUUUUGAUUUCCUUUUUUCCCCCAUUACGGUAUUUUCAUGAACUGGACUAACUGAAUGAAGCUGAAAAUGUCCUCUCAAACAAUAUGGUGAAGCAAAUGUUGCAGCUGCUUUAUGGAGGAGGAAGACUCUUGGUAAUGAGCCUUACGUUUUGUUCCAUCUGACCAUAUUUACUUGUUUUUACUAUUUUCAUCCCGGUGCACAUUGUGAUAUCUUUUUUUUAGAUCACCUUUGAUAAUUCUCGACAGUUAACUGGGUCGGGUUGUUUGCAUCAGUGGCCUCUGUAGUUCUGAAAUGAAAACAAUAAGAGAAGGAAUUGUUAUUGUGUAGAUACCUGGGCCAUUUAUUUCAAUGUAUGGUACGAUUAUCUGGUAUUAUACCACGUGUCCUAAUGAAUGGAUUACAAUACGUUUCAAAUCCAGGUUGUACUCUUAACUGAUUUGUUUCACUUGCAGGUUUUUCUCCUCUUGCCUUAUUUAAAGCCUCUACCUUUUCAGAUGGGGAACUUAAGUAAGGCACUGUGUACUUGAAUGUGAAAACACUCUAGUCUCAACUACAGGUAUCUCCAGUAAGAUGAAAUAAAUAAAACUUCAGGAAUAGCUGCAAGAUUGGUCUUACAAUAUGUGGGUGAUGUUACAAAUUCACCUCUGCUAUUUACUUUCGGGGCCGCAAGCACACAGCGUGGGUGGUUGUCAUUAAUUUUACAUUGAUGGUACAAUAUGUUUGUGUGCGGAGGUUAAUCUCAGGUAUGUUCCUUUAAAAAUCAGCUGUAAAGAAAAAGUAAUUUCAUUUUUUCUUAGUCGAUCAUCAAAUCUUUGAGAUGAGAUGCCUAGUUGCACUGACAUGCUGCUUUCCUAGAAAAUAACAGUUCAAGUUAACUAAAAGAUUCUGUUUUCUAUUAUCAAAAACUACAAUACAGAUGUAAACAAGAAAAUGCAUUCAAAAGCUUUGUCAGAGUUAAGGAUACACAUGGCGAGUAUCACUGGAUGUUUCUCUAUUAGAAAACUCCACAGGGAAACUUUAUAAGGUACUUUGCCCAAGAUUGCAUGAUUAUUCAAUUCCAUUGAAACAUCUUUCUGUGUAUAAACAAGGUCUGUAGAUUGUGGACUCAAACAGAAAUAAGUCAUAAGUUUCACGAG